AAAAGACUAUCGAUAUAUCGAAAUUCUCUAUCGAAAAGUUUACAUUUUUUCAGAAAGAUUCUGCGAAGCGUGUGCCAAAUGAUUUCAUCAUUACCGUGAUUCAUUUGUGUCCAUUUCCAUUAUUAUCACAUUUUCUAUAAGCAGUGGAGAAGAAAUAAAUGUGCUCUUCAAAAAAUAUUAACCAAGCCGUGCGAAGGCUAUAUAAGGUUAUGACUAUUUAGCAUUUUAAAGAAUUCCGAUUAACUGAUACUAAAACAUAAAGUGAUUUGGCAUUAAUCGCAAUUAAAAUGACAGUUAUGGAUUUUUUUGGUUGUGCCUUUUUGGCUUUUGGCCCACCAUUAGCUAUGUUUACAUUUACUGUCGCAGCUGAACCUAUUAGAAUUAUUAUACUAAUAGCCAGUGCCUUUUUUUGGUUAAUUUCUUUAUUGUUGUCAUCCAUACUCUGGUAUGCUGUAGUGCCAUUACAAAAUCAUCUUGCAUUUGGACUUGUAUUUUCUGUAUUAUUUCAAGAGGCAUUCAGGUACCUCUUAUACUGGGUACUAAGAAAAGCUGAAAGAGGGUUAGAUAAAGUAACAACAACACAUGUGGCAGAUAGUAGACAUGUAUUUGCAUAUGUAUGUGGUUUAGGUUUUGGUUUUAUGAGUGGUGUUUUUGCACUAGUCAAUGUCUUAGCAGAUGCUGUUGGACCUGGAACAAUGGGACUUCGACAAGGCACAGAGUACUUUUUUGUAAUAUCAGCAGCCACAACUCUUUGCUUUAUCUUGCUGCAUACAUUUUGGGGUGUUGUAUUUUUUUCUGCUCUGGAUAGAAAAAAUUGGGGACAAGUUAUUUGGGUUGUUGGCUCACACUUGUUUGUGUCAUGUAUGACCUUGUUAAAUGUAAAAGAAGCUUAUGUAGCUACUACUUUAUCUGCCUAUGUCAUUUUGAUGAUAACAACUGCACUUGCAUUCAAAGUUGCAGGUGGCAGACCUCAAAGUAUAGUUCAAUGUUUUUCAAGACAGUAAAAGGAGGAAUUUUUAUAAGAAGAUUAAAAUAUAAAUAGUUGUGUUUGAUUUAAAUGAACAUUAGAAAAUGACAAAGUUUCUUUCCUUUAGGUAUUAGACCACAAAGAGAUUGUUCAUUGCUCUAAUAUACACUAUGUGUAAAAAGAUAUGAUGUUAAAUUAACAGACCAUAUCUUAUUCUUUGAUAUUAAACAAGCUUAUAUUGAUCAGGAAUAUAUUCAUAUAAGUCUAAAUCAUUAAAUUCACUAAUAAACUUCUACACUUGACCAAAAUAAGUAGAAAAAUCUAUUAAGAGUGUCAGUAUUAUUUAUUCUUCAUAUGUAAUACUUUACUGCAAAUGUAAAAAUUUUUUGCAAAAAGUUAUACUAAAUGAUAAUACGUUCUAGCACAGAAUUAUUUGGUCAAGCUGCUAGUCCGUCCCUUAACCCAUCGAAACAAUUAUAUAAUCAAAACGCGAUAAUGUUUCGAUCCAAAAUAUUAUGAAAAGAAAAAAUAAAGUCUAAAAUGAGUGUGAAUGUACAUAUGUAAGAAUGUAUGUAUACAUAUAUAAUGUAUAUGUUCUAUCAAACAGAGAGUAAAUUUGUGUAUUAAUUCAAGCCUUACAUCUAAAAACAAACUAUUUCAAAAAGUUAUGAAAAUAACGAUAAUACGUAAGGAAUUGUUCAGUAGUUUUUGUAUGUAUAUAAGAGUCAUUAACAACUGUAAUUUAGGUGUUUAAUAUACAUCUGUAUAUUUGGCAUUGUGUUUCACUUACCAUUUCACGAUUUAUUACUCUUCAUAUUACAUUUCGUAUGUCAUUCAAAUAAAAAUCAUUUUUGUAUAA